CCCUGACCAUCAGCUGAGUGGUUGUCAGUGCCAGCAACUCUGUACAGACUCGUGCCAGUCUUCAGGGGCUGCCCAGGGCUCCAGAGCAACUUCAGUCUGAGUGGCUUGGAUCUUGUCCCCAUGUCUGAAAGGGCUGAGCUCUACUUCAACGUGGACCAUGGCUAUCUGGAAGGCCUGGUACGAGGAUGCAAAGCCAACCUUCUGACCCAGAAGGACUACAUCAACCUAGUGCAGUGUGAGACCCUGGAAGAUCUGAAAAUUCAUCUUCAGACGACUGACUAUGGCAACUUCUUGGCUAAUGAAACAAAUCCACUUACUGUUUCCAAAAUUGACACUGAGAUGAGGAAAAAGCUCUGCAGAGAAUUUGAGUAUUUCAGGAAUCAUUCUCUAGAGCCCCUCAGCACAUUUCUCACAUACAUGACAUGCAGUUACAUGAUAGACAAUGUGAUUCUGCUGAUGAAUGGUGCGUUGCAGAAGAAAUCUGUGAAAGAAGUCCUGGCGAAGUGCCACCCACUGGGCCGAUUCACAGAGAUGGAAGCCGUCAACAUUGCAGAGACCACGUCAGAUCUCUUCAGAGCUGUGCUGGUGGAAACACCACUGGCUCCUUUCUUUCAAGACUGUAUGUCUGAAAAUGCUCUUGAUGAACUGAAUAUUGAAUUACUACGCAAUAAACUAUACAAGUCUUACCUUGAGGAAUUCUAUAAGUUCUGUAAGAAUCAUGGUGAUGUCACAGCAGAAAUUAUGUGUCCCAUUCUUGAGUUCGAAGCCGACAGACGUGCUGUCAUCAUCACUCUUAACUCUUUCGGCACUGAAUUAAGCAAGGAAGACCGGGAGGCCCUCUUCCCCACAUGUGGCAAGCUCUAUCCGGAGGGGCUGCGCUUGCUAGCACAAGCUGAAGACUUUGAGCAGAUGAAGAGGGUAGCCGACCAUUACGGAGUAUACAAGCCUUUGUUUGAAGCUGUAGGUGGCAGCGGGGGAAAGACCUUGGAGGAUGUGUUUUAUGAGCGUGAGGUACAAAUGAAUGUGCUGGCCUUCAACAGGCAGUUCCACUAUGGAGUGUUUUAUGCAUAUGUAAAGCUGAAGGAGCAAGAAAUGAGAAAUAUCGUGUGGAUAGCAGAAUGCAUUUCACAGAGACAUCGGACUAAAAUCAACAGUUACAUUCCAAUCUUAUAAAUCAAGGGGGAGACCACAAUGCAGAAAAUUUAAUAUUUUCAAGAGAAGCUAUUGAGGAAAACAAAAGGGACUAUGUUACAUUAUUUAGAUUUCACAAAUUUAGCCAUACCGCAUUUCUUAAAUAUUGUAAAUCCACUAGAACUCUAAUAAACCAAGCCUGAAAGGAAGUACUUUUUAAAAA